GAGGGUGGGAUUUUGAGAUAUGGACAUCACCUUUCUUCCCAUGCUGCCCUUCCUUUCCUUCGAGAGAGAGAGAGAGAGAGGUGAUCAAUGGCCGCAUCAUUAGCUCCAUCUCCCAAAGCUUUGCGAGAAUUUCGAGGGUUUCUCCUCCUCCAUCGGCAGCUUGAAUCGGCUGCUCCGAUGGAAAGUUUUAAUUCUUUUCUGAUGGAGGACCAGAUCUGGUCCGAUGGAAAGUUUUAAUUUUUUUCUGAUGGAGGACCAGAUCUGGCCUUCGACGACGCGGGGUCCGCCUGCGGAGCAGCUAUCCCCGGAGGGGGCGGCGGCGGCGUCUCCCGGCGGUGACGGCGGUGGUGUGGAGAUGCAGGGCGUACGGCGCGAGGCGGAGGAGGAGGAGAUCGGGGUUGCCGCAGCCGCUGCUGCCGCCGUGCCGCCACCUGUGCCUGCCCACGGCGUGCGUGCCGAGCCACCCCGACUGCCCGGCGGUCACCGCGCGCCUGCCCGUGACAACGUCGGUCGUCGUCGCAACGGUCGGAAACGCGCCUAAUAAAAACCCAAACCUCCCUCGCCCACACCACACGCGCUCUCACUCUCUCUUCUUCAUGCUCUUCGUCUGAAACUCCCUCUCCCUCUCCCUCUCCCUCUCCCUCUCUCUAAAAGCGAAGCGACUCUCAUGGCGGUCGAAGCUCGGCGCGCCGCUCCUUUUCCCGCUCGGAUGAUCGUGAACAGAUUCUUCGGGAAUUCAAUCGCGACGAGGAAGUACUGUUGCGCGAUCCGCUCCUACCCCACCCAUGCGGAGGACUUCAUCCCUCUGCCGUCGACGGAGACGGAGACACCCGACCCGAUCUCGCGUCCAUCUCGCCGCCGCCUGAAAUUUCGCGUCGUCCCGGAGUUCAGCACAGCGAAAUCGUCCGUGAAAUCCGACAGCGGAUCGACCAGCGACUACAACGCCGCCGUCUCUGUCCCCAGGAGCCACCGCAAGCGGUCCAGAGACGACGCGAUCGGCGACGACCACUUGAACGGCGAUGGCUUCCCGGCGAGUCGCAAUCCUCCUCACAAGAUGAGCAAGGCGUCGCCGUUUCUGGGGCACGAGGUGGGGUUCGAGAUCCAAGGUCGCGAAUCGAAGAUCGACUGUUUGAUUUCGCAACAUACACAGGCAUUCGCGAGAAAACUGAAGGAGAAAGACAGAGAAAUCCAGAGAAUCGGGAAGUUGAACGGUCUGCUCCAAGAGAAACUGAAGAUCCUGGCGAUGGAGAGCCAGAUGUGGCGGGGCCUCGCACAGGACAACGAGUUCGAAGCCGACUCCCUCCGCUCCACCCUCCAGCGCGUCCUCUCCCGCGGCGGCGGCGGGGUCGACGACGCGGAGUCCUGCUGCGGGAGCAACGGUCCCGGGACGGCGGCCGCGGAAGGCGGCGACGCGGAGGCGGAAUCGACGAGACGGCAGCCGCGACGACGAUGCGGGCGGUGCGGGAAGUGGGAGGUGGGGGCGGUGCUGCUGCCGCGCAGCACCUGUGCCUGCGCACGGCGGCGCGCGGGCCCGGCCACCGCGACUGAGCUGCGUGCGGCGAGGCUGUCACGGCGAGAGUGCUCCUGAGUCUGUCGUCGUCGUCGUCGUAACGAUCGGAAGCGCAGUGGGCGGGAAAUAUAAAAGGGAGGGAAAUCCGGGGCGAAAAGGGGAAAAAGGAAAGAAUUAGAGGGGAGGAAAGAAAUAGUCCUCUUUUUGGUUUUUGUUUUUGGAUAUAAGGAGAUUCUUUGAUAUAUUUCCUGUUGGAGAAUAACGGGUAAAAAACCAUCGAGAGGGAUGGUUUUUCCAACUUUUUGUGUAAAUACUGAUACAUAAUAAAUGCUCUCUUUUUUCUUUUUAA